UUGAUUGGUAUUAUGUAUUUGAUUGGUAUUCAUAAAUCGUCACAUGCUUUGAUUGAUGAUAUUUGGAUGGCUGAUGGUACGGGGUUAGAUAAAUGCCGUGCUAGUAUGUCCAAGCAACGUUUUCGUUUUUUAUUAAGAGUCCUCCGAUUCGAUAAUAUUCAUACACGGGAACAACGCAAAGCCGUUGACAAACUGGCGCCAAUAAGAGAGAUAUUUGAGCAAUUUGUAAAAAAUUGCCAGACAAAUUACAAGAACACUGAAUAUGUUACUAUAGAUGAAAUGUUGGAGAGCUUUAGAGGCUCGUGUGGAUUUCGCCAAUAUAUGCCAAGCAAACCAGCUAAAUAUGGCAUAAAGUUGUUUUCUCUAGUGGAUGCCAUGACAUUCUACACAAAAAACUUAGAAAUAUAUGUCGGAAAACAGCCAGAAGGUCCCUACUUUCAAGAUACUUCAACAAAAGCUCUUGUCAAACGAAUGAUUGAACCAAUAUCAGGUACAGGACGAAAUGUGACUAUGGAUAACUGGUUUACUAGUGUUCCAUUAGCUGAGGACCUAUUGACAAAUCAUAAUUUGACAGUAGUGGGUACAUUGAGAAAAAAUAAACCAGAAAUUCCAAGUGAAUUCAAGCGAAAAGGCUUGCAAGUACAUUCCACAGCGUUUGGAUAUAAACCGACAGAGACUUUGCUCUCAUACUGCCCAAAAAAGGAUAAAACAGUGUUACUACUUUCAACUAUGCACAAUGAGGGUAUAAUAGAUGAGACAUCCGAGAAAAAGAUUCCAGAAAUCAUAAUUUUUUAUAAUAAAACGAAAGGUGGAGUGGACGUGGUGGAUAAACUUAUCGGAACUUACACUGUUGCACGCGUUUGCUACCGAUGGCCGUUGAGGUUGUUCUUUACAAUGCUCGAUGUUGGAGCGGUAAAUGCCCACAUAAUAUUGGAUACCGUAAAUCCUAACAACCGAAUAGGUUGCAAGUUAUUCUUGAAAACGCUAGCAUUCGAACUAUGUCGUCCUCAGUUGGAAUCGCGGGCCACUAUAUCAACUUUGCCACGCGAAUUGAAACAGCUUAUUCUGCGAUUCGUACCUCGUCCCGUGGAUGUUCCUCACGAAGAUACUGAUUUCGUACCUACGAGGAAACGAUGUAUUCACUGCACCAGGGGAACAGAUAGAAAAUUUAAAACUAUCUGCCACUUUUGUAAGGGAAAUAUAUGUCCAAUACAUUCAAAAUCAGUAUGUACUGACUGUGAUCAAACGGAAAAUUAG